CCACAGGACAAGCAAAUAGAGCUACACCGUUAGUAUUUCUCUUAGCGGAUAGCACGACUCGGAAGUCGUAUCAAAGGUGUUUACACAUCGUGUGUCGUUAUUACCCUUAGGCUCGCCUGAAUCUUUUUUCUCACACGGUGUAGCGCGAUACUGCUAUUCUUAUGGAUUAUAGGAACUUUGCUCUUGUCUUGCGUAUAUACUUGGUGCUUACAGUAACCGACAAUAUCCUCCCUCAGUUGGCUAAUAUCCACUUUUACCUACUGUAUACCCGCAAACUGAACAAGCUGCAGGCCAAAGGUAUAUCUAGGAUACUGAUCUGGUCAAAUAAUAAGGGGCCAAAAUAUAGUUCUUUUCUCCCGUAAUGUUUC